GCAUUGAUUUUUUAGAAGCAUAUAGAUAUGCAUAUAAAAGCAAUAUUUACAUAUAUUAAUGUACAUUACAUAGAGGAGUGACUAGGUGUUAAUUUGAACCGUGUUAUUUAUUGCCGACCAUAUCAGUGUCGUUUUGUAAAUUUUAAAUAUUAUGUCGGAAAUAAAAGCUCUUGAACACUCAACUUUGAUUGUGCCAUAUGAAAGCUUAAAUCGUACCUUCCGGAACGCGCAGAAAAUAAUUGAUCGAGAAGUUUCACAUGUGAGCUCUUCAAAUGAUAAACUGAAGAAAAUUUCAUCAAAAAAUAGUGCAAAAGUUAAAGAAACUGAAAAAGAAUUGGAUGAUGUAUUAAAUAAACUAAUACUGUUAAAACAGAAAGCUAUUGACACAUUAACACAAGAGGAGAAUAAGUUGUCAGUGUGUACUUCCCGAUUAUCUUACCUAAAAGAGCAAGCCAUUGUGAAGAAAAACAUAGUCUGGAAAAGAAAUCGAUUAGAUCGCAUGCUUGUUGAUUAUUUAUUACGUUGUGGAUACUAUGAUUCAGCUAUUAAGUUAGCAGAAAACUCUUCAAUAAGGGAAUAUGUUGAUCGGGACUUAUUUAUGAUUGCAAAAAAUGUUGAGACAGCUUUAAAGCAUAAAGAUUCUUCUCUUUGCUUGCAAUGGUGUCACACAAAUAAAUCUAAAUUAAAAAAAAUGCAUAGCACUCUGGAAUUGAAUGUAAGAAUUCAAGAAUUUGUCACAUUGAUUAAAAAUGGAUGUUGUUUUGAUGCUGUUCAGUAUGCCCGUAAACAUUUCUCUUCAGACAGUGGAUCUGUUCCUGAUAUACAGAAAACAGUCAUGGGUCUACUAGCAUUCAAGCCAAACACUCAGAUCAAAAGAUACAAAGAGCUGUUUGAUGAUAAUCGUUGGAAUUUCCUUGUGGAGCAGUUUCGGAAAGAGAAUCUUGCCCUCCACCAACUUCACUCACAGUCUAUGCUUGAAAUUGUGUUACAGUGUGGGUUAGCUUCAUUGAAAACACCACACUGCUUCCACGAGGAAGAAAAGUGUCAAGACUGUCCUGUGUGUUGUCGUCUGUUCAAUGAAUUAGCCAAGCCGUUACCAUUUGCUCAUUCAAGUCAAUCAAGGCUUUUAUGUAGCAUAAGUGGUGAUCGCAUGAACGAACACAAUCAUCCUUUGAUGUUGCCAAAUGGUAAUGUUUAUGGAGAGAUAGCUUUGCUAAAAAUGGCAGACUCAUAUGAAGGUUAUUCUAUAAAGUGUCCUAGAUCUCAACAAGUAUAUUCAAUUGAUGAAGCCAAAAAAAUAUAUGUAAUGUAGCAUGUAUUUUACUUAAUUUUAUCUAUUUUUUUGACCACAAUGUAAACUUCCCUGUGUUCAAUGUUUCUGCUACAGUGAUGGAAACUUCAAAAUAUUCUAAAUCUUAAUUUAAGUACAAAUGUCACGAUGAAAGGAAGGAAAUACAAUCUAACUUAACAAAAGUAUGAUUUCAAACGCAGACCUGCAGCUCAGCUUAAAAUUUAAAAAAGACAAAAUUUCUAGGUACUAGUACAAAAUCAUAAAAUAGAGUAAAAUUUGUAACAGUUAAAAAUUUUAUGCUUUUUAUGAUAUUUAUGCUAUUUUCAUUUUUUAUUUCUUGAUAUAAAGACAUGAUUUCUUCCUCUCAUUUGAUUUUAUACCCAGCCUAUUCUAUUCACUGUUGUGUUUAAUUAAAAGUUUACUUAUCGCCUUAGAGAUUCACCUAUUCUUGGUAAUUCUAAUUUUGUGUUAGAAAUCAUUAUUUUCUAAUCAGUGAUAAAGCGUAAAUAUAGCAUUAAAUUUGAGUAUAAAAUAGCAAAAAUAAUAAAAAAUAGCUACUUUCAAGGGCGGCAGAUCUGCAAAUAUCCUUGUUUGUGAAGAAUUUCAGAUUUACCUUUCAUUUGGCAGAUUGUGGUUCAUUGACAGAUUGUUUAUUUGCAUUGAUGUUACUUUAAGCUCUGUGAAUAUACGCCUCACUAGGCAAAUAGUAUUUAUAAUUUUAUGCAAAGAUUACAUUGCUACCCUAUAUUGCAACCAGUUUUUAAAAUCAUUUUGUUUAUUUAUUAGCACAGCAAAGUUUUUAUCUUUUUUACUUCCAUGAGUUAAUACCGGAAUCAAGUUUUGGACUGCAUUGGAUUUGUUCUUAAAUUUCUCUAGCACAGAUUUUUUUUAUGCAGCUUCCCGUAAAGCCUGGUCUAUAUUAUCCUCUUUUGUACUUUGUAUAUACUAAUUUUCAAAUAUAAUCCAAAAGUAUGCAACAGCCAGGGUUGAAUAAUUGAAUAAUCAUCAAUGACUUAUUUUCUCUCAGUCUCAGUAUGUUUUUUUAUGUUUUUGUAGAAAAUUUCUAUUCACUUUCUUUUUAAAAUCUUUAAUUUUUACAUUGUCAUUACGGUACUUAAAUAUAUAGCAUUAUUAACAUACUAAGAGUUAUUUUUUUUGUCAAAUCACGGAACAUGUGAAAGGUGAGACUAUAAGCAGUAUCUACAGUACUUUGAAAAAAAUAAAAAAUAAAUAUUGACAUUUAGACAAUAAUAUGUAUAUGUCCAAGUGCUCUGGAACUUAGCAUCAUUUUAAUAUAAAAAUUAAGAGUUGUGUUUUUAA